UUGUGUAGAAUUGAAUUGACACAAGUUUGGACAUGGGUGUUACAACAACAAUGAAGAUUUCACUAUUUUUGAGUGUCUUUGCAGUUUCAAUAUUGGGAAUAUAUUCAGAAGUUAACUUUCCAGCACCAUGCAAGCAAUUUGAGUGUCCGGUAUAUGACGUCAUCGAAGAUGGAAAAGACUAUCAAAUCCGACGCUACAAUUCAUCUGUUUGGGUUUCCACUCCUCCCAUUCAACAAAUUUCUAUUGUUACAGCUACAACAACUGGUUUCACGAGCCUAUUUAAUUAUAAAAAAGGUAAUAACGACUACAAGCAGAAAAUAGAGAUGACAGCACCAGUGCUCUCGGAAGUGUUACCUAGUGAUGGUCCCUUUAUUAAAUCUUCAUUUAUUGUAAGCUUUAAUAUACCUAAAAAGAACCAAGCAAAUCCACCACCUGCAAAGGGUCUUCAAGUUCAAAAAUGGAAAAAUGUGUAUGCAGCAGUUAGACAAUUUGGUGGAUAUGUGAAUGACAAAAAUGUUGUAGAACAAGCUGCAGCAUUGAAGGAUAGUAUCAAUGAUACUAAAUGGCUAUCUGCUAUUCAAAAAAGCCAUAAAGCUUCUAAUUUCUCUGUGGCACAGUACAAUAACCCUUUUCAAUUAUUUAAUAGAGUGAAUGAGAUAUGGAUCUUGUUUAAUUUGGAAAAUUAAUGAUAUGUCAAAUAUAAUAGACACUAAAAUCAUUAUGAAAUAAUAUGGCUGUCGAAA